AGGUGACGGGGAACGGAAAUUCGUUUCCUUCCGUUUUCCUCACUAUUACCUUUAUAUCUUUCUGGGGUGUGAUCGUGCUUGUUGGUGCUUUGGUGGUUUGAGGAACUGUGUAAGUUAGUUAACUAGUUGCUUGGCGGGAUUGGCACCACCGGCGGAACGACUUGGAGAACAUACUGCGUAUUGAAUCUGUAGAGAUUACUCUGUAACCUCCAAGGAGUUCAACUCGAAGAUUUGAACAAAAGGAUCCCGCAUUCUAGUGUGUCUACCUACAACAAGAGCCUAUAUCAGGUAGAUUUAUUCCAGAUAUAGAGGUUCAAUCAAUGUCGUGGUCAAUUAACUUAUCGGCGCAACCUCUGAGUUCAAAGUUAUACCCAUCCCAUCCAUGAUAAGGACCUGAGACGGCAACUAACUGGUAUAUACUAACUACAGAAAAGGUCAUAUCGCCGUGGACUAGCAGGACGAGAGCAUCAUCAAGCUAGCAGACGGUAUGCUAUCUCCUCAUCUGGAGGCAAUGGCACCUUGAGCGUCGUCAAUCUAAGCCGCCUUGACUUGACCAAUCGCUGGUCUAUAUUCAUUCUCCGGUUUUCCCGAGGUCUGAAAUUCGAAAGGCAGAAACAACCUGCAAAAAGUCUCUCGCCUCAACUCGAGUGAAUAGCCAAUGUUGGGGCUGCCAGCUGAACUCCCCGGACUCCCUCCCACAAUCCCUGAGAUUCAUUCUAUGCUCUCAUUCUUUUCUAAGCGUUUCAGUUUCAAUUCAUUUCUAUACCCGAGAUUGAAACUUAGAUUUUCUUGAGAGUCAUGUUCUGCCACAGGUAUCUAUCUCUCUAGCUACCAGGAGCAGUUGCGGAUGUAAGAUUUGAGCACGACAUGAUCUGAAUCAACUUCUGCAUUCUAGAACUGAACGGGGCCCGAGCUCCUGCAUCUACUUGAGCAGAAAGCUCCGGAUUCUUGAUCCUAACCCUGUCCCUUGCUCUCCCUUCAUGGCUUUGGCGGAGUACACCCCACUUUGAUAGGAUACCAGACAAUCCCGGGGGUAUUCUUGGGUGUGAUCGGUUACAAUCUGCUGAUAUAUCAUUGUGGCAAGGUGACGCCAGGUUGAACUCCGGAUCUCAUACCUCAACGUUAAGACCAUACGGCCAAUGAGAGUCACUUUUGACUGAAUGGCUAUUCAUCUUACGUACAUAUAUACCGACCAUGCACAGGUAGUUUAUCUAGCUUGCUAUAUAUGCAUCCGGAGAAUAUUCUUAUGCGCGGUAUAUGCGUUUCGUCAUGGGUUAGAGCGUCGCUUACAGAAGAAUACUCAGUCUAAAAAUGAGGACUAGCUGUGGAUUUCAUUUUAAUUUCGGAGAUUAACUCUAGUAAUCGAUGCUGGAGAUAUGGACAAUACAAGGGGAAUAGGAGUAUAAAGCUGUGAAGACUCCCUCUUGCUUUUGAGCUUUUCUUUCUUUCUCUCAAGGCAAUAGUUAGAGAUUAAGAUUCGGACGAUCCAGCCUCAUCAAACGUGCGUUUUGAAUAUACAUACCUACACACAAGCCUCUCAAACCUAACAGCUAUAAAACAUUCAAGAUGAAACUAUCCCUUGUCGGCCUUGUUGCUCUUCUAGCAGCCACUUCAACCGCUACACCCGUUGCUUCACCUGUUGAAGCAUCCAUUGACGCCGCAGCUGCGGGCUGGCGCUGUGAUUUCCGUGGCGGCGGUGGCCACGAUACGCUCAGACGGACUCAUAGCCAGUUCAAUAGGAAAUUUGGGAACCCGAGACUCAGGAUGGCGGGAAGGCAGUGCUAUGUCGUGAAAUGCUACGAUCACUAUUUCGGAGUUUGCAACAGCGCCGCGUAUGGUCAAACAGAGAAAUCCGGGGUACGAAAUGUUGCAAAGAAUGCCAGCCCCGGAUCGGGCUCAGCUUGUAAAUUCAAUUCAGGCGUGGGUCUGAAUUAUGUUUUCGGCCAUGUCAGGCACCUUAACCUGGGCGGCGGAAAUGAUAUCAGACACUGUUAAAUUGAUAUCAGACUGAUCACUUACCCGCUUGAAAUUCUCGCAAUGAGCACACACAGUCUUUACCUAUACACCUGUCACUUUCUUUUAUCUGUUAUUUAUUUUCGGGGCAUGUCAAGUACCUUAACCUGGGCGGGGGAAAUGAUAUCGGAAAUUGUUAAAUUGAUAUCAGACUGAUCACUUAGCCGUUGAAAUUCUCGCAAAUGAACAAAACAAACACAGACUUUUACCUCUAUGAU